AUUCCGGGUCAUUAAAAGAAAGAAAAGGAAUAAUGAAAUUAUCUGGUGCUUUUGUGAUACUCUGCUUUGCUUUUGUUGGCUAUACCAUGGCAAGUAGUUCGCCCCAAGGCCGCAUCGCUGGCGGUGAGGAUGCCACACUAGGACAGUUGCCCUAUCAGGCGUCCCUCGCUAUCGGUGGCAGCUACAAUUGUGGUGCUGUCAUCAUUGCCGAACGCUUUGCGUUAACCGCUCUCACCUGUGUCUGCUCCGCCGGCAAGGAUACGCCAUGGCCACCACAGCUAUUUAUUGUAUCAGCCGGCACCGUGGAUCUGUAUAAUGGCGGUCAGCGCAUACGCGUCGAGGAGAUCAUAGUGAAUCCCAACUAUAAUGAACUGAAAACUGGCAUCGCUCUGUUGCGUCUGAGCGAGCCCCUAAUCUUCAAUAUGGAUGUCGGCCCUUUGCCUUUGGCUACAGAGAAUCCAGCAGUGGGCUCCUACGUCGAUAUCUCAGGUUGGGGACGCACUAAGGAGUCGGAUACGGAAAUGUACCGCACCCUGCAAGUGGGUCUCGCUAUAGUUGAGGCCGAACGUGAAUGCUUAGAGGCCAGCGAUGCGCCGGUUAACGAUCAGGUGCUCUGCUUGGGCCAUCAGAGGCGCCAGGGUAUCUGUGCCGGCGAUAUUGGCGGACCCGCUGUCUACCGGGACACUCUGGUAGGUCUGGGCGCGGAAGUGCUGGGGGAGUGCGGUAGCAUGUUGCCCGAACGCUUUAUCAGCAUCGCUGCAAACUACGAGUGGAUCCAACUGCAGAUGGAAUAAGCCAACUUUUUUUCAUCCUAUCCUAAUUAACAGUUCACGCAAAUCAGUUUUCUUUUUAUGACGAAUAAAUCUAAUCGCAUGCAAUA